AUGAGGGCGAGAGAACUGGCCGAGCUGAGAGGUUCUGAGAAGGACCUCCGACCCGGUACCUCCAGGAGGAGAAGCUCGAGCGCCCCACCAACGACCACAGUGGCGAGCAAAUUUCAGAAAGCCUUGAAGAUGGCAUUCGGAACUGCCGACAUCCGCGCGUCAGCCUUGAGUGCCAUCAAGAUUGCUGCAGGCUCCUUGGAGGGACUGGGCAUGCCGCAGGGAUCAAAGCUGUCAUCGGUUCUGUCCUUGCUGAAAGCCUCGAAGCGCCUGGGUCUUCACCUUGACGCUGCGGAUGUCAAGAAGAGGCGGUCUGAGAUCGGCAAGCAGGCAAUGUAUAGGCGGCGCUCCUCUGCGAUGAUCAAGGUCAAGUUCAUGACGGACCGCCGCAGCGGAGCAGCCGGCCGGGCGAGCAUGCUCAAUAGCUUGCUGCCGAGUGCCUCGGGUAGCAUGCAGCCUAGCCGGACAACCAGCCAGAACGUGAGCCGAGCAGGCUCUUUCUCGCAGGAAACACCAUGUGCAUAA